UUGAGUUUUGAGAUUAUGUGUUGACUCUUGACAAAAAUAGCUCUGUGAUCUUCCUAAGGCAUUUAGUAAAGUCCUCCACCAACUUCCGCUCUGCUUCUACAACAUAAUCAUCAUUUUACUGUUCUACAACAUAAUCGUCUGUACCUUUUGGUUUUAAGGCUCAUCAAAACGGAACAGAACACGGUGUUUGAUUGGUGCUUUACUGUUGGGUUGUCAGAAGCAAAUAAUUGGGAAUAUAUAUGAUGAUAUUGUUCUAAUCUUGCUUAUCAGUGGAGCGACUAAUGAUGUAACUUGUUCAAUUUUCAGGAGACAGAAUUGGGUUUUCUUUUUGUAGGAAAAGAUAAGGUUGAGAAAGCAAAGAAAUUUUCUCUUUGACCAUUUCCCGUUGUGCAAUCAUGGGAAAAGUAUUCAUUGUACAGCCAAUUGAAAGUCUUCCUUAGUUUCUUUAGCGUUUCCAGUUGAAAGAAAUAACUGGAACUGUUCAAAAUUCAGUUUUUCAUCUUAAGCAGAGUAGGGGUUCCGUGUUACUCUUCACUCGGAACUUAGAAUUUGAACUCAAGACUGUUGCAGUCAAUUUAUGUUAAUGUAGCCAUGAAGUUCAUGAUAUAGAAUUAGUUCCCAAGUUCAGAGUUUCCUAAUGGGGAGUGAUGCUGCUUUAGUUGGUCAGAUACCAUCUCCUCGGGACAUUAAGGUGCAUCGUCUAAUGUGCAUGGAACUAAUUAAAUUUGUAAAUAGAGUUUCGAUGUUACUUCCAGCAAUUGAAGAAGCCCGUCCUCGAUGCAACUCAGGAAUACAGGUUCUUUGCCAGUUAAACAGAGCACUUGACAAAGCCAAGGACAUUCUUCAGCAUUGCAGUGAAUCAAGUAAACUAUACUUGGCAUUAACAGGAGAUGUUAUACUUUCAAGAUGUAAGAAAUCAAGAAACUUGCUUGAGCAAAGCUUAAGCCAGAUGCAGAAUAUGGUUCCUGUAAUGCUGGCUGCAGAGAUAUCGCAACUGGUUGCUGACCUGAGGGCUGGCAUAUUCAGGUUGGACCCAUCUGAAGAGGAGGCAAGAAAGAUUUUGAGGGAAUUACUUCAGCAGUAUACAUCUACAACACAUUCAGGGGACGAACAUGUUGUUGAGGCUAUUCAAAUUGCUAUGCAGAGGCUGCAUAUUACAUCUCCAAAGAAUCUUUUGAUAGAGAAACGAUCCAUAAAAAAGCAGCUGGAGAAACUUGUGGAGGGUGAUCCAGGAAAGAGGAAAAUCUUAUUGUUCUUUCUGAAUCUUCUCAACAAAAAUGGAAAAUCAAUUGUGGCUGAGCAAACAGAGAAUGGAUCUCUGCAGCAUGAAGACUCCAUCUCAUUUGGAACUCAAUAUGAAGUGGAAUCUCGUCUGAGAUUUCAUCAUGAUGAUGCUCAAAGGGAUAUCUUCAACUCCUCUCUAAUUCCAGAUGAGUUCAAAUGUCCUUUAUCUUUGAGACUAAUGUAUGAUCCUGUUGUCAUUGCUUCUGGACAAACAUAUGAAAGAUUUUGGAUUGAAAAAUGGUUUGCGCAAGGUAAUGAUACAUGUCCAAAAACUAAAAGGAGAUUGGUCCACUUGUCGUUAACCCCAAAUAACUCGAUGAAGGACCUAAUAUCAAAAUGGACUGCAGCAGAUGGGGUCAGCGUUGUUGACCCCAGCGUACAAGCAGCAGUAGGUCACUCAUGGGAAUCAUCUUCCACUUCAAUUGCUAGCUUGAGCAGCUCAAUGAUAGAUCUAUCUCUACCUAUAGACUUCAGCAAUUUAUCAAUGGGAUCGUCUGAUGCUGGUUCUGCAUCACACUUUUUGCAUGCUAAGAUGCCAAAUGAUUUCAAUGUGAUGUCACGGGAAAGCAGUGGCAAUUUUCACAAAGUUCAAUCUGGUGGAAGCAUCAAUGAAAUGGAACUGGAUCGGCUCAAUUCGCUUUCUUGGGAGUCUCAAUGCACCUUGGUUGGAAAUAUAAAAAACAUGUUGAAACAUAACAAUCGAGCUUGCGAUUGGAUGCCAUCUGAGAAAUUUAUUCAAAAUCUUUUUAGAUUCUUAAAAGAUGCAUAUAUAUCUCAUGAUCUGGAUGCUCAAUUAUUGGGAUGCCAGUCACUAUUAGCAGUUCUAGAUAAAUGCGGAAGCAGUAUACCUUACUUGAGUGAUGAUGAAUUUGCGGUUUUGACAUCAUUGCUUGGUUCAGAGGUUUCUAAAGAAGCUCUUUCCGUAUUCGAGGUGCUGUCCCGCCACCAACAUUGUCAGCAUAAAAUUGCCGUGUCUGGUGCACUCACUACUGUCCUGGAAACUCUUGAUGCACACGGUCCAGAAUUGCAGGAAUCAGCCAUCAAAAUAUUGUGUAACAUGUCAAGAAGUAGCAAAAUUGGUUCCUUGAUUGCACCUUCGGAGUUGUUUCCCAAGUUGGUCCCUUUUCUUGAGGAUACAACUCUUGCAAGAGAUUGUGUUAUUAUUUUGCAAAACUUGUGCAUCAAUGAAGAUGCUAGAAUUGCUAUAGCUGAGACUGAUGGUUGCAUUGCCUCAGUUGUGAGACUGCUGGAACGAGACAGUCGCAAGGACCAGGAGCAUGCAGUGAGUUUUCUUCUUUCUUUAUGCUCUCAAAAGGUUCAAUACUGUCAACUGGUGAUGGAUGAAGGAGUCAUCCCUGGACUUGUCACUGUAUCUGUUAAUGGAAACAACAAAGCAAAGGCAAUGGCUUUGGAGUUGCUGAGAGUGUUGAGGGGUGAAGUUAGUGAUAUUGCAGAGUCUUUUGAAUCAGAGGUUCACAUUCCUAAUACCCCUAUCAUUGACUCUACUCAGCAGAAAUCUUGUUCCAAAUCAACAGGACUUUUUGGGAAAUUAUUCUCAAAGCGUACUUCUGCUGCUACCAAAAGGAUAAAAUAGAAAUGAUGCUUUUCGAUUUCACCAUCUUUGGCAGUUGACAUCUUCCAAUGAAGAUUGAACAUGUCAGCAGUCUGGACUAUGGCCGUCGGCCUUGCGCUGAUUUUUUUGUAGAUAGCUUAAUAUGCACAUUUUUGCAUGGUAGUAUGUGUACAAUUUCGCAAGUUCAUCUAGUUUUUGUUACUGAACAUGGACAGGAAUGAUUCAUAUAGUCGUAGCUGACCCUAAAAAGCUUGGGGUAGAAGGUGUAAUUAUUGUUAUUUUAUCUAGUUAUUGUUUGUAUUUAAAUGAUUGACAUUUCACAGGUUGUUUUCAGGUGUAUAUUAUUUUGUAAUACGAGUAAUGACGGUUUCUCGAUGUAAAGAAAGAUUAUUAGUGUUAGUGGUGAAGUCACACUAUUCACAUUA